CGGGUUGGCGGGCUGCGUGUUUACUGUUUAGCACUUCGGCCACCAGUUCGACGUUGGCCAUUGUGUGUUACCUGUUUGUAGUUGUUCGAAUGCAACUGUUGAUUGCUAUUUGCUAGACGCCCGCUCUCCAGUUGCCGCUGCCACGCACUUGUGCCUCGUGUUUGAGCGAUUCACGCUGGUGAGCAGUGGCUGCGAAACUCGAAAAGACAACAAUUUCACGUAAAUAAUAUUCAUUACUCAAGUAAAGUUCAGUACCUGUGACUCAUUCUAUUGUUUACGAGAUGGAUUCCGAAAUUGUGAAAAAUGGUGACGGUGAAAUGUCAAAAGAUGAACGCAAAGUUUAUGACCGGCAAAUACGGCUGUGGGGCUACGAUGGACAAAACAAGUUAAGAGCUUCGAAAAUACUUUUAAUCGGAAUGCAAGGCAUAGGCGCAGAGAUAUCUAAAAAUUUGAUAUUGUCUGGCGUUAAUUCUAUUACCUUGAAGGAUCAUACAGAAGUGUCCAUAUUAGACCGUUGUUCCCAGUUCCUUAUCCCACGCGAUAGCGAAGAACGUAAUCGUGCUAAAGCUAGUUUGAGUGCUGCACAAAAGCUAAACCCAAAUGUCAAAGUUAUAGUCGAUACAACACCAAUCGAAGAGAACGUGGAUAGUUUUGUUAAUUCGUUUGAUGUUGUCAUAGCCACAGAAUGUUCUCCAAGUACUUAUAAAAGACUGAGUGAAAAUUGCAGGAAAGCUAAUGUAAAAUUAUUCAUAGCUGAUGUUUAUGGUUUAUUUGGAUAUUUUUACCAAGAUGUGAUUCAUGCUCAUCCUCUAUAUGGUGAGGUAUUUUCAAACAAUGCUCAAAUCGAUACUGUAACAAAGAAACAGCCGCUGCUAUAUUAUUUGACUUCAGCUUUAUUAAAAUUUCAAACUGAUUCUCAUCGUAAGCCAAAUCCUGAUACGUCUGAAGAAGAUAUAGACGAAUUGAAAUCAAUUAUUCAUCAUCAAAUCGAUUACUCAUCUCCAGAUCAAGAAAAAACAGAUGAUGAAUUUGAAGAAUACUAUGGUGAAUUAUUUUGCGAAUUGAGUCCAACCACCUCAAUAAUUGGCGCAUUGGUAGCCCAGAAUGCUAUAAAUACUAUAAUGAAUAAGCCGGUUGAAAAAUAUAAUGUAUUUUUCUAUAAUCAUAUUAAACAUGAAGGAACAUUUCAUUUGUUAUAAAAGUAUGAAUAGACUGUC